UAAAAGAUAGGUUCGGCCGGCAGCAAUUAGCUGAUCAUAUCCAGUGGCUGUUGCCUACCUAGGUACGGUAGGUAUCUAAGGUACUGAACUGGCAGGAAAUACUGAUGGCAAGAUAUGUUGGAAAGAGACGAUUAGAAACCACGACCCAGGGGCCCUCAAGAUGCUCACAAGAAGUAGGGGGUGGGGGAUUGCUCCCUCCGUUACCACACCUAUCAUCUUUUUCUUCCUCCCCGUUCCUCGUCGUCCGUUAGACCGUUACUCUCACUUCUAAUCAAUACACCCAACCCGACACCUUUGUCGCAGUUUUAGCCUCGCCGUAACAUCUCCUAAGCUCCUAGCAGCCGUUCUUGGAGACCAGCUCGCAAUUCCCGGCAAGAUGGCGAACAACUAUGAGCAGAACACGCCUAUACCUUCGCACGUAUUGGCUUCGUCUAUGUUCAGAACCAUCAGCUUAGCGCAGGUUGACCAGAGCCGUCUCCUCGAUGGUAUUCAUCAAUACCCCCUAUGUGCCGGCUGCAACAACGCCAUCAAACGCCAGGACCCGUUCGAGGUAUACUGCCCCAAGUGCGGACACACUCUAUGGUGCAACCCGGGGUGCACUAGAUUCCCUGGUCGGUCAUUUCAAAUAAACGACAAGACACCGCGUGAGACCCUGAUUCCAGACUCUUGGGCUUUGCACGAGCAGCUCUGCUUCCCUACUAUUCAGAGACGACCAUUCGGGGGAAGAGAUUUCGCCUACCACCGCCAAGCAUGUCUCUUUCCAGUGGGACAAGAUACUCCCCAGAUCAUCUGGGUCCAUUACGACUGGGGAACGGCCACUCUGACCGUCGAAGACCCGUCCUUCCACGCGUUCGGAGUCCAAACCGACAGUGAACCCACCCGCUGUGUCCUUCUCAGGGAUGGUUACCAAAUGGAAAAUUGGACCUUCCGGUUCGACCUCCUGUUGCUAUCCUAUCCUCAAGUCGCCCAGGCGAUACCGCCUAACAUGGCCAGCCAGUCCAUCGCCGCCCUAGCCAAACCACUACAGCUGAAGACAUGGUUUGGGCCUGUGGUUGCCAUCGCUGUGUCCCCUAACCCCAGCGGAAAACACUGCCUCGUCCAGGAUAUCACCCCCCGCGAUAUCACAGCCGCCGUCAUCUAUCAUCUAACCCACUUGGACAACCCCUGCCGGCCUCUUGCCCAGUUCUGGCCUGGGGCGGAUGACGCCUAUCCCGUCCUGAAGUUGACGGAUGCCGCGAAUCAUUUCAUCACUUCGGCAUUUGGCCAUCAACCUCCCAUGGCUCCCGUCCUCGUUGCCUCUUGGAAGGGCGGUAUAUGGAAACCCUGCACGGUCGCCCAUCGGCUCGGCCUCCGUUGGUACAUCAGCUCGGGAAACUGCCGUUCUUGGCAAGACAUGGACCGCGGGCCGAACCCGGACGCCCGGUGGCUCAAGUAUGUCUUCGGCGACGACCAGGAAUAGAGAGACUGGUGUGACCCGGCCGCUCACAAGGACCAACCCGUCGUCCCCAAACUGAACGUAUUCCCUGUCCACGGAUCUAUUUUCCUCAAACAUGCCAACCGCGUUCAAAUCGAACCCGAUCAUGUUAAGCUGUUUAACGACUACCUAAACGCUGUUUUCCAGAAACGGCGCA